AUGGUAUGCAAAGAAAAGAUUCAUACUUGUGCAUUAUUGAUGGGUCGAAUGUGUGACACUAAUGCUUGGGAAACCCAAGCAAUAAUGUUCAAACCAUUGAAAAAAGGAUACCGUAUUAGCAUUUUUCAAGCAGUGGCGAUGGUUAUUUUAUGCACUAGCUUUGGAAUAUCACCGAUAGCUAUUCCGUCUUUUUUAAACAGGGUACUGUCAGGAAAUCAGACUCAUGAAAUAAAUUUACCUCUCCAUACAGAAAUGCUUUUGAGUGAAGAUGAAUACUUUUAUCAAAUUUUUGCAGCCCAACUCACAUCAUUAUUUAUUUAUGGUUUAUUGAUAAGCGCGAUAAAUGCUCUUCAAUGUUUGAGUGUAGCAUACAUUAUUGGCGAAAUACGUAUAUUGGAAUAUUUAUUACAUAAAAUGUACUUGGAGUACAAAUUCAAAAAUUUGGUUGAUGAGAAGAAGAGAAACAAAUGUAUUUAUGAACAGCUCAAGUAUUUUGUUGACACGCAUCGAAUUUGUAUCGAGUUUUUCAAUAUUGUUCAUGAUAUAAGUAACAUUUUAAUAUUUGGUAUAUUAAUUGGAGCAACUUGUAUUGUUGUCUUGACGGCUACAUCGAUGAUCAUUUUAAUGGAAACAGAUUUGACAGGGUCAACGAAAAUGUUAUUUGCGUUUUGUGUAACUAUGUGUGCUAUAACUUUUGUUUGUUUUCCAAGUCAAAUGUUAAAAAAUGCAAGUGACGAUCUGAUGUUCACUUGCUAUAAAAUGAAUCGUCAAAGUUACCCUGCGAAAAUACGGAAGAUGUUAUUAUUCAUAAUGGUAAGGACUGUGAAACCUUUUGUUUUAACUGCUGGACCGACCAUAGAAUUGAAUUUAGAAACCUGCAGCACUUACUAUAGACUCAAGUUCAAAAUAGCUUACAAGGAGACCUUCACACCUUCGGGUCCCGGAUCUUUACCAAAAAAUGUUUGGGGUCUCCAGGAACCUAAUAAUAAAGCUCCCUAUGCUAAAAGGGGUUUUCUCUUUUAUUAA